AUGUCUGCUUCCUCUUCCCCGGUGAAACACUCAAACUCUAAGCCACUAAACCCAUUAGCUUCAAGCUAUGAACCUCAAUCCAUUCCACCAAUUGGUGAACCCCGUUAUCCGCAAGAUAAAAUUUACCUGCCUCAUCAGUUUCCCUUGGAAUCGCAUCAUUCAUAUGAAGCUCCCUCACUGCUCCGGCAAGUGUCAGAACUUCAAUCUGGAAUAUUUUUACACCACCUUGUGUCGCUUGACUUCUGUCCCUAUCCUAGCUUUGGAUAUUGUUCUCCAGGAACAUGGGAUAAUAAGGGAGGGUGUUUAAACCUAUAUGACUCAGAAAAACAGCCACAUCCAUGGAGUAAAGUGUUCCAUAGGCCAGAAUCUAUUCCAUAUAAUGGGAUAAACUAUUGGUCUGAGAGGAUCGUUAAGAAAAAGAAGAAAGGUAAAUGGGGGUUUAUUCCUCCUAGGUUGAAGCCACCGAGAGAGUAUCCCAUGCAUAGCCGAGGGGUUUGGGUCAAAAAAGAGGAUGCUGAGAAGAUCAAAGCUUCUUCGGAUGUUCCUUUAUUGCCUCCUGUAACCGAUGAGAAACAGACAAAACUUGAUGGAAAGACUUCUGUCAUGAUCAAAAACGUUCCUAAUCACUUCCAAAGGGUUGAUUUGCAGCGCAUGCUGGAUUAUCACUGUCGGACUGAAAAUAGAAAAGCUCAGCCAGGGUCUAAUUUCUGUAAAUCUGCAUAUGAUUUCCUAUAUCUGCCCAUGGAUUUUGGGUUUCAUUUAAAUUUGGGAUUUGCAUUUGUCAAUUUCACAAGUGCUGUUGCUGCAUUAAGGUUUUAUAGAGCCUUCAACAACGGAGAAUGGAGCUUUGGAGAUAGUCGGAAGAAAACCUGUGAAAUUGGUAUUGCGAAAUUCCAGGGCAAAGAUGCUUUAAGGGAACAAUUUCGGAAGUCAUCCUUCCCAUGUCAUACAAAUGAGUACUUGCCGGUGGUCUUUUCCCCUCCACGGGAUGGUUUCAACAGCUCUGGGCCAACCCUUGUUGGCAGACUCACCCACGUAAUUGAAACUCCAAAAGAUCAAAAUGUUAUGAUCAUGACCAAAAGGAAGAAGAAAAAAGCUUGAAUCCCUUUUAGCCGCCCCGGGUGUAUAUUCAGGCUCUCUUUUAUUUAGGUAUAUUAGCUUCGUGAUGGUUAAACUUUUGCUCGAGAACCUUCGGCAAUGGUGCAGAUGAAUUUUAUGCAUGUUAGUUCGGUAAGAUGGCCCGUGUUUUCAUUCUCUCCCCAGAUGAAUGUCAUGUUCCAGAAUCGGGGGUGAAAUGAAAACAUAGACCUGUUUUCCAAAUUUUUUCUCUUGAAAAAAAUCAGAGCUGUUUCCUUUGUUUUCAUUGCCCCCCUAGGUGGAUUAUGGCGGUUGUUUUGGUGUUGAAACUCUAGGGUGAAUUGGA